AUGCCCGAGAGCAGAGCGGGCUAUACGGAGCCACCUACACAAAGCAUGAAAAGGAAUAGACACCAUUUCACACAGCUGUGUCACAGCGGAAGCAGCACGCCGCGUCUGAACGUCGGCGUCUUCUCUAAGCGCAAGGGUGUGUGUUACCAUCGUGACGGGCAAGUGCACAGCUGCCGCUUUUGCGAAAUUCUGCGCACGACGGCCGAGCCGUUCCUGUACCAGGAUGAGCACAUAGUUGUCUUUCGUCCACUACGUCCGAUCGUACCCAGCCAUGUACUUAUCGUGCCGCGUGCACACAUCCGGAACGUAAAUCGGCUCGCUGCAAAACAUCGUGGACUGCUUGCACGUAUGCACCAUGUAGCCACGACGUUCAUGACCGGGGGAUUCGAGACUGAAACGGAGGCGGAAUGCGUCGGGCUACAGCCACAGGAACUGAAGGAUUUUCACGGACACCGUGUCCACUACACCUUCCACGUGCCGCCGUUCAAUAGCAUUGACCACGUGCAUAUGCACGCGUUCCUCGACGACCCGUGCACCUUAGGAUACUAUGGACGACUGAAGUACCGCACCACGUCUUGGUGGUGUCGCUCGUACGACCAAGUCAUGGCCAGGCUAGAGAAACUGGCUGUCGACGUCCAAAAUGAGUGUGUUCGUACCGACGAAGAAACGCCAUCACCUGCUGGUCCACCAUUUUCGCCGGAGCAAGCUUGA